AUGGAAUUGUUACCAAUGAUACAUGAUGUCGCAUGUGAGUUAAUGAGUUGCUCAAAUGCAAUAUCUCGGCGAUUUCAACUUAAAGAUGAAACAACCACAGCAAGCGAGAAACUUGCUUUAUCAAUCAAAAUCCUUAUGCCAAAAGUUGCUGACCACGAGGAAUAUGCAAAUUUUUUGAAAAGUCAAAGUGAAAUGUAUGAUACAAUCGGUAAUAUACAGCGGACAAUGUAUACCGAAAUUCAGGAUAGAGUGACAAAUCGACUAAAAAGUUGGGUUAUGUGCGAUUAUGAGCGUAUCAUAAAUUCAAUUGCAGUAUUAAAUGAGAAGCGAUGGCAAAUGGAUAUGAUAGCAGCGGAAGUUGAAAAGAGUAGUCCAAAAGAUAAAAAAGCUGAAACAGCUAAAAAUUUCAAAUUGGAACAAUCACGCAAAGAUUAUGAGAUGCAGUUAGCUUUGGUUAAAGCUGAUUUGCGCAAAAUUCCAACAAUUCUAAUCGACCAAGCAAUUUGUUUAAAGCAUUUCAACGAAUUGAUGUCCGAUUAUCAUAAGCAAAUGGAAGAAGUGCUGAAAAAAUUCGGUGCUGAAAAAAUUUAA